GGUUCUAAUGUUAGAGAGAGAGAGAGAGAGAGAGAGAUGGACAUUGUUCAGCCCUGUCCGAACUAGAGUGCAGGCCCUGCAACGCAACUGCCGAGCCCGGAGACUUCAUCCGAUAGUCCUCCGCUCGAGCCAGCCGGACUGAACUCUGUACCCGAGCCACAAAUGGAGUCCCUCCACAGAGCCUCCCUCCAGCUCCGCCUUCUCCCUCUCUCCCUCUCCCCAGCUCCCUCGCGAACCCUCGUUCUCCGCACGCUGCUCGAGCCCGCGGCUCGGCGGCGGCGGCUCGGCGCCGACCCGCCUCCCAAGUCCGGCCUCAUCUUCCCGCCUCGGAGACGCUACAGCAACUCCUCUCCUUCGAUUGCGAGGGCGGGAUGGCUUCUGGGUCUCGCGGGGGACAAGAAGAAGAGCGGGGGCCCGCCCGACAUCGUGAAAGCCGGCGACCCCGUCCUGCACGAGCCGGCUCGGGAAGUCGACCCGGCGGAUGUCGGGUCGGAGAGGAUACAGAAGAUAAUCGACGACAUGGUGGCGGCGAUGAGGAAGGCCCCCGGCGUCGGGCUCGCGGCUCCUCAGAUUGGCAUUCCCUUGAGGAUUAUAGUGCUAGAAGAUACCAAGGAGUACAUAGGUUAUGCACCUAAGGAAGAGACUAAAGCACAAGAUAGGCGCCCAUUUGAUCUCCUGGUAAUCUUGAACCCAAAGCUAAAAAAGAAGAGCGAUAGGACCGCCCUUUUCUUUGAGGGCUGCCUGAGUGUUGAUGGAUAUAGAGGAUUGGUGGAAAGAUAUCUUGAUGUGGAGGUUACGGGAUUGGGUCGUGAUGGUAAGCCUAUCAAGGUUGAUGCUUCGGGUUGGCAAGCUAGGAUAUUACAGCACGAAUGCGAUCAUUUGGACGGAACUCUCUACGUGGACAAGAUGGUUCCAAGAACAUUCAGAAUUGUGGAGAACCUGGACUUGCCUCUUGCAGACGGGUGCCCCAGACUAGGUGUACGUGGUUCAUGAUCAUAUCCAAGUAGGAAGUCAAAAUUCUGAAUACUCAAACUCAACGAUGUCUUUUUUUAUUGCAAUUACCAAGAGCCAUGCAUGAUACUGGGAGGAAUCAUUCUUGGAUCACAAUCACAUAACUUGGGUAUAGCUGGUGUCCUGAGGAUGUAUAACCAUUUGCUUGUGUGUACCAUCAUCAUUUGUGGAAGUGGAAUGAGUUUUAGUGGAGAGCAAUCCUUCCUAUUCCAGGGCGUUAGCGCUUGGGUUGAGUUAGUCAGGUAGUCUUCAAGGAACCAUUGGCAUAUGAGGGUUCUGCAGAAGCUAAGAACUUCAAAAUUCUCUGCUGGUAUGGAAUUUGUUACAUCGGCUUUGAUCGCCAUUGAUUGUACUAGUGAAACAUUAUUGUGGAGUCAUUUUUUCUUUCAUAUUAUUUGCGCCGGUAAUAAUUGUUGUGAUACUUACGACUUCCUCAUGGUUACAGAGGUUCUUUAACUGCU